AUGCUAAGAACAGAAAGUAACCAUUUUUUCUUUCUUUCAUUGGCUUGUUUCUUUCUUUCAUUGGCUUGUUUCUUUCUUUCAUUGGCUUGUUUCUUUCUUUCAUUGGCUUGUUUCUUUCUUUCAUUGGCUUGUUUCUUUCUUUCAUUGGCUUGUUUCUUUCUUUCAUUGGCUUGUUUCUUUCUUUCAUUGGCUUGUUUCUUUCUUUCAUUGGCUUGUUUCUUUCUUUCAUUGGCUUGUUUCUGUUUGCCUCGUUUACGUACGUUUGCAAGGAUGGCUUAUUUCGGUUCCAGAGUAAAAAAGCAAAUUGAAAACGAGGACAAUGAAGCCUGGAAAAAAGUAAUGGAAUUUUAUCAAAAGGAAUUUCUUUGCGACAUUAAACUGACCGUUGGCCACGAGUCGAGGUCUGCCCAUCGUAUUGUGCUGUCCUCUCUAUGUCCAAAAGGUCCGUGGUCAAAGCAAGGAGCAGCUACCGCUUCACACUCAGAUAAUGGACCUUUUCAACUCGACGUUAGCGAUGUGUUCAAAACUCCGGAAACCUUUGCAAAUGUUAUCGAUUUCAUCUAUUUGGGAACGAUCAAACUGAAAACGGAUACGGUUUUACAGAUCUUGGAAGUGGCAAUACAGCUUAAUUUGAUCGAUCUGAUCAUUCACUGCAGCCAGUUCCUCUUGGAGCACAUCCGCAUCAAUAAUGUUCUCAGUUUAUGGAAUUUGGCUUAUGAGAUGGAGCUGCGUCAACUGGCUGAGGUUUGUCGAGUUCUUGCCCGAGAAUUGUUCAGGGAUGUCAUUCUGGAGAGCAAUGAUAUGAAAAUGCUCUCCGCCAGUUUCAUGGAUAUGCUAGUCGGCCAGAAAUACGUGACUAACACAGUAACGUCAAUAGAGAUUGCUGGUUUUAUUUUAAAGUGGUUGAUCGAAGACCCCGAAGGAAGGCGGGAAUCUGCCAGAGUAUUAAUUUCCAAAAUCGGAAUUUGUCGGACGGAUUUGUAUCAGAUUGGCGAUUCCGUUUGUCAAAAUCAUGAAAUCAAAUCUGAAACCUUGCAGGAGAUGCUUCGUGACUGUUGUAUUUCACGAUCACGUGAAACUCUCUCCUCAGAAGCUCCGCUUGCAACUGCAGUACAUUUGAACUCUGCUUUUGAAGAGCCUCUCUCUCUUGAUCGAGAACCACUUCCACAGCCUCCCGCGAGGAGACUUCCCGACGGAGACGGCGGUUGGAUGCUCAUGGUCAGAGACGAUAAAUCGACGACAGUCUUUUGCCAAAAGUCGAAAACCUGGUUGGAAUUUCCAAAUAUUACCUAUCCGUACAUAGUGGGACUGUCCGACAGGAAAUAUUUGGCUUGUACGAAGCAGCAGUUCGCUCGUUCUUUUGAGAUAAUGGACUUUACCCGCUUUCAGCAACCGCGAAGCAUUGAAGAACGGCGUUUGAUGGAUGACGCUUUUCCGGAACCGGAAUACAUUUGGUAUUUGUGCAACAAGAAAAAAUGGUAUCUUGCUUCUUUGAUUAGUACUCCUGAUAAAUAUAGUCUGGUUUUGCAUGAAUGGGACGAUAUGAACGGCGUUUUCGUCUUCCGACACAAUUUCAAGACUUCUCUGUCAAAUCAGUGGAUUAUCAAAGGCUUCACUUACUUUAACGAUAAUAAUUGUAGCCUCAUCUUGAUUAUAUCCUCUCUAGCUAACGUGGAUUACCAGAGUGCCAAGCCCUAUGAUAUAUUCUACUUGUUCCGAGUCAGCUGGAAAAGAGAGGCUUUUAUCGAAGAAGUCAUUAAAGACAUGUUCUACUAUCGCUGUUCGUCUAUGACCAAAGAGGAUUUCUUAUAUCUCAAUGACUGUCUGUAUUUAUUCGAUCAGGGUCUUGUUAAAAACUUGGUUUACGCAAUCGAAUAUAACGUCCCAGUUACUAUUCCCGCCAUAGCUUUCGACCUAAGAUCGGGGAAUAACAGCACUUACAAAUCCAUCCAACUAUCACAGCCUGGUCUUAAUAUCUUACCUCUGAAACGAAAAUCACUCCAGCCUCAACAGGCCUCCAUCUCACAACCUACACUAUCAUCGAACGCAACCACGUCUUCUUUGGCUUCGGAUUACGCGAAAAACAGAGGUCUCUCUUCUGAGAACCAGUCUUGUGUGUCUGUUAUCGGCGAUAAGCUGUUUUUGGUCACCCAUAGGGCCCCGGGAAUUGUUCAUGUUUUUAAAAUAGAUAUCUUCCAAAACUCAUGGGAAUUGACACCACCAUUGCCCCUAGCUGCUCUCACAGACAUCAAGGUCAAUUCUUUUUAUAGUGACUGUUCGUUACAUGACGGCUUUCCGAUGGGUAGGAAACGUCUAAAUGUUUCACUGAUAUUCAUCAAUGAGAUCAGUCGUAUGCUAUCCACUCGCCUUUAUGUGCAUCUUUUUUGUGUGCUGCAUUAUUAUUGGCUGAUUUCUCUCUCUCUCUCUCUCUCUCUCGGGAGUUAUUCCCUGAAUGACUCUAUAUCACGAAUUACUCGUUUUCUCUGUGUCGUUUUCAAAGUCAGUCACAGAUUGUGA